AUGAAAUUAAAUUUAAAAUUGGCCGUAUUUGUUGAAGAUGACGACGAACGUGUACAACAUGCAAGAUGUGCUGCCAAAAGUUAUGAAAAAGAACAAGAAAAUACUUGUAAAACAGUUAUCAUUACCGGACUCGAAACUUUAUUAGUUCGAGAACUUGUAGUUAGAUUGAAUAAAUACAUCAGUACAAACAAAUUACAAGAAGGGAUUUCUCGAGAUGAAUAA